AUGGCCGACGCUGCUGUCAGCGUGGCACGAAAUGGUACUGAUUAUGUGUUCUUGAGGUCAGCCUCGGCUCAUACGAUUGCUGGGUUCUUUACAUGGGCAGCUUUGUUUAUAACAAUCCAUCAGGUAUGUUUUUCUUUUUGUUUGUUGUUGUUUAGGAAAGUGUUACGAACAUGCUCGAUUGGUUAAACAGUCUGCUUAUUUUUCCCUCCGACUGAUUGCUAUAAUUGCAUUUUCAAUUUGCAGAUCUAUCAGCAUCUGCGGUGGUAUUCUUGCCCCUCAGAACAGCGGUGGAUUGUUCGAAUUCUUUUCAUUGUCCCGGUAUAUGCAUUUGACUCAUGGUUGUCAUUAAUAUUCUUUACGAAUGAUGUUUAUGUCUACUUCAACUCGAUCAGGGAUUGUUACGAAGCCUUUGUGAUCUACAGUUUCCUGAGUUUAUGUUAUGAAUAUCUCGGUGGAGAGAGUAAUAUCAUGGCUGAGAUUCGGGGAAAACCCAUUCGGUAAGCCCUUUCUAAUUGGCUGGUUAAUUUUAUUUCUCAUGGAAAGAAGUUUUUAGUUUUAGAUAUACUGUUUAAUGAAUUUUGUUUUCAGGCCAACUAAUUACGCUACCCUGACUUGUUGUCUCGCUGGAAAACAGUAUACCAUCGAAUUCCUCCGCUUUUGCAAGAAGGCUACUCUUCAAUUUUGUCUUAUCAAACCAGUUAUGGCUGUUCUUACAUUAUUCUUGAUGAUGAUCGGUAAAUACGAAGACGGAGAUUGGAGUAUGGAUAAGGGUUACUUCUACAUCACCAUUGUUUACAACUUCUCAGUUUCCUUAGCCCUGUACGGUCUCUUCUUGUUCUACACAGCUACGCGCGAUCUUCUUCAUCCAUAUAAUCCUGUGAUCAAGUUUUUCACCGUCAAGAGCGUCAUCUUCUUGUCGUUCUGGCAGGGUAAGCAUUCCUAUUAUUUGUGUGUAUUGCCAUUUAGGAUUCUUGAUUGCCGUUUUGGGUGCCACAUCGGCUAUUGAUCCAGUUGUUGAUCAGAAUGGAGUUGAGAUCAUUUCUCGCGGAACUGUUGCUGCAGGAUAUCAGAACUUCUUGAUCUGUGUGGAGAUGUUCUUUGCUGCUAUUGCAUUGAGAUUUGCUUUCGGAGUGUCUGCAUACAUCGAUGCUCAUGCUGGUAGGUCAUAUAAGUUCUUUUUUUGAUGUUUAGGUGCUGGUUAAGAUGUUGACGAACAUUAAUUUGAUAUUUUCAGUUCAUAAUGACGGUGCGGAGCCUCGACCAAUGACUCUGCAGAGCAUUAGCUCAUCCUUGAAGGAGACGAUGAAUCCCAGAGACAUCAUGCAAGAUGCCAUUCACAACUUCCAUCCUCAAUAUCAGCAGUACACUCAACACUCCAAUCCAUCUCGAUCGGUUGGUUCUUAAGAUAUAUACGGGGUAGAAUAACAUAAUAAAGACUGGAAAUUUUUUUUGAGACUUAGUUUAGAUAGAUGUUGCAUUAGUGUUUCUGUUCGUUAAAGAUGGAGUCUAUGUCGUAUGUUAAUAACGGUCACCCUUGUGUGCAAAACUUUCCCUUCGCUGUCUGUGUUUGUGGUUGUCAAGUUUUAUCUUUUUGCAGUUCUCUUCCUCAUCUGCUCAGAAUGUCCAGACUGUUCCCAAUUACAAUGCCACAAUGGACCCAUUCUCACCUGAAACCCUUCCACAAACCGCCUUGGAUAAUCCGUUUGCAGCCAGUUCAUCAGCUCAAAGUAAUCGGAGAAGCGGUGAAAGGAAUGGACAAUCUCUCAUCUAA